UUUCUUGAGCACUUAUUAUUAGUUGGAUCAUAUAUAUAUAUAUAUACAUCCUUCUUAGCAACGAAAGACUCUAGCUCAUAUGGGAAGAUCUUCAAGUGAUAUCAGCUCCGAUCAUGGCGGUGGGAAAAAUUGCUACAGAGGGCACUGGAGACCAGGCGAAGAUGAAAAGCUCCGAGAACUCGUCGACCGCUACGGUCCUCAAAACUGGAAUUUCAUCGCAGAACAUCUAGAAGGAAGAUCGGGAAAAAGUUGCAGAUUGAGAUGGUACAACCAACUGGAUCCAAACAUAAACAAAAAACCAUUCACAGAAGAAGAGGAGGAGAGGCUUCUGGCCGCUCACCGGAUAUACGGCAACAAAUGGGCUUGUAUUGCUAAGUACUUCCAUGGAAGAACUGAUAACGCUGUCAAGAAUCAUUACCAUGUCGUCAUGGCCAGAAGGAAACGAGAACGUUUCUCCUCCUCCUCCUCCUCCUCCUCUUCCCAGAUAAUCGCCCACCACCACCACCAUAACAAUAAUAAUAAUAACCCUCAUCAUCAUCAUCAUCAUAUGGUUACUACUAAUAAUAAUAAAAGCACCAUCACUACAACUUCUUCUACUUACAAUCCCAAAUUAGGGUUCCUGAAGUUCCAAACUGGCCCUGGCCAUGCCCCUGCUGCUACUGCCCGGGAUCAUCACCACCACCAGAAAAUGAGAAUUUGGGGAAUUUUGUCUUCGUCGACGUCGAAUUCUUUGGGUACGUCAGCCAGUGCUACUACUAUUAGUCGUGAUCAUCAUCAUCAUCAUGUUCUUGGUUUGGGGUCGGUUGUCCCUAACAACCAUCGUCCGAAAGAUGUUGGGUUAGGGUUGUUGAAUAAUCCUCAUGGUUUGGGAAUAGAAGAGAAUAGUAGUGUUAAUGGGAACAAGAGCAAGUUGCAGGUCAUGAGAGUAGGAAUGGCUUCUCAAAAAGAAAACAAAGAUCAUCAUCAGGUGCCGUUUAUAGAUUUUCUUGGUGUCGAUCGGGUUAACUUCAUCUCUAGCUAGCUAGUUAUAUUUAUAUAAUAAGUUAAUAUUUAUAUAUAGGUCUGAAAUGUUAA